AACGGAAUGGGGCCGCUCAAGGGAAAAGUUCCCAAUCCCAGCCAGACCCGUAUUGACGACACUUGUCCUAGAUGGGAUCAAGAUGCGCCGAAAGCGAAAGUGAGAGGGUGAGACGAGCGGGUGACAGCCUACAUGUAUAGACUUGUAUGACGACUUGCUUGUUCCGGGUGAGCAGUUUACCGUCCAUGAUGUGCGUCGUGGUUUGGUUCUCUCUUCUCUUCCCUCAGCCGGCCCCGGCGUGGACCUUGACAGCGCCUCAUGUCGGAUGCUGUUUAUUUAGGGCUCUUCGGGUGGGACCUUGCAGGCAGGGCUUUGCGUGUGUCGGCGCCGUUUGGAGCCUGGCACUGAGCCGAAGCUGGAAGCAGAUGGAGACGGGCGGCCAACCCUUGGAACGAGACCGAAAACACGGAGGAGGAUGAAGCAGGCCAAGAUGUUGACUGAAUCAGUCUUGCUGAAUCAUUCUGCCGCGCCAUGAGAGCGGUGUGUUUUGUUUUUUUCUGCCAAAGCGUUGCGAG